GCUAGGUCAAGACGGCGCGCGCGCCGGCCGGCUCGCAGUCCUCGCCCGAGCGCGCGAGACGCCGCGCGUGCGCCUACGCCGCUAUUGCUCUGAGCUUACACAUACGAAAAUGCCAACUCCGGACUACAGCGUAGAUCUGGAGCUGGGGGCGCCGCCCCCGGAACUUCAGGAAUAUGCGCGCCAGCACUGCGGCGAGGACCCUAACACGCGCUUGCAGGCCAUCUACGAGCUGCGAGACAUGAUAUACGAGCGCGGCGAGUGCACGCCGCAUCGGAUGGACGACGAGUUCCUGAUUCGAUUCCUGCGUGCGCGCAACUUCGUACCACAACGGGCACAUAGGCUGAUGGUAAACUACUACCAGUUCAAAGAAGACAACCCGGAGCUGUUCGAGAAUGUGUUUCCAAUGGACCUGCACAAUAUCGGCGACGCGCACGUGAUCGCCGUGCCUCCCUACAAGGACCAAGAGGGACGCAGACUGAUCUUCUUCAGGAUUGGGUGCUGGGAUCCGAAAACAAUACCAAUUGAAGACCUAUUCAAAGGAACUAUAAUGGCUUUAGAGCUAGGACUUUUGGAACAACGCACACAGAUCCUGGGCGGAGUAGCUCUCUUUGACCUGGAGGAGAUCGGUACUCAGCACGCGUGGCAGAUCACACCCUCCGUCGCCGCGCGGAUUGUCAAGUUGUUGGUGUCAAGCUUCCCAGCGUCCACGCACGCCAUCCAUAUCAUCAACCACUCCUGGCUGUUCGACAAGAUCUACAACAUAUUCAAACCUUUCCUGAACGCUGACAUGCGCUCCAGAAUCUUCUUCCACGGCUACGACAACUCCUCUCUACACAAACACAUUCACCCGGACCACUUGCCAGAAAGAUACGGCGGUAUAUGGCCGGACUACUCUUACACAAUAUGGCUGGAGUCCUUGAAGAAAAAUCUGAGGGUUGCUAAAGAAAUGAUUGCAUGCGGGUACAAAUUCAGGGAAGAUGAGAUUUGCCCGGAGGUCGUGAGGCAAUUGAAAGAGGAGGGUAUUAAACUGUCGUAAACGGAUUGGAACCCUUACCAGUCUAAAGACUUCCGCGUGUGUACUUGGAAACAAUUGGUGUAAUUUGUAACAUAAUACGUUGUAUUUAGCUAUUCAAACUGGUAGAAUACUGCAUGAAUGUUGAUAGUUGAGUAGUUAUUGUGUUAUUUUCAACUCAUUCCUAUGUUAUGUUAAUCAAUCGUUGAUGUUUUACUAUUACUUUUAUGCUAAGUGUAAUAUAAAUUACAAACAUGCGAUCAAAGACGUCAUGGUCGCAGAAUCAAUGACUCAUCAAAAGCAAUCGUGCUAGUUUAAGCACAUGUGAUCAAACUCUUACCGCGUCUGCGACUGCCGAGGAUUCCAAACAUUUUCAUCGUAUCACAUGAUUUCAAAGCUAAAUCUUUCAAAAAGCGGUAGGUAAACCGCCGUAUUUUGACGCUUUAUAAAUUUAAAACCGCUAAUCACUGAUUCAUGAAAUAAUAUUCUGUUGUAGCCCUAAAAUAUGUUAAUUUAUUUUUAUUAAAUGUAGCAUAACAAGAGCAACAAUAAAAUUCUAAUAUCUUUUGAAUUUUUGUUUGAAAAAGCAUUUAAGAACAAGUUUUUUUUUAAUUUGGUACACAUAGAUAACUUUCGUCUACUGUAAGGGUGUUUUCGUAGGUACCCAGGAUUCUUUACUUGUUGGACUUAAUAUUUAAUUUAAUUUUAGAGAAUAUCCCACCAUAACUUCAAAGUAAUACUUGUAAUGAAGCUUAUGUUAGUCUUAGGAUUUAGGUAUUAAGUUCUAGUUUUGUUUAACAUACCAACAUUAAGUUUAACUGUUAAUUUAAGUACAGAAAAUUCCUCCCUAAACGCAAGAUGAAUUUAAUUUCUUAAUGUUUUCCCCAAAUUAUAAUAUGAAUAAGAAAAAUUUCAAAUGUAAAAAAAAAAAUUAUAAAAAACUAUUGCAAUUUGUAUCGUUGUGAUUUUGUAAAGCCGUAUAGUUAGAUUUAAGGUUUAUUUACUUGUUAAAAUCUACUUAUAAUUAAUUUUAAGACUAGUUAUUAAGGAGAAACGAUUCGUCAAAAAACCUGUGAUAGAAAGUAGCGUUCGCCUUAUCGAACUAUCUGUAAACAUUUUAGUUUUAUUUAAUCGCUUACAUUUACUUUGCUUUUCAUUUAUUGCUUCAUUUAUUUUAGUUUUUUAUUUACUUUUUAUUUACUCUUCAUCGUUACGCAUGUCAUAAAAUUUGUUAGGUAAGUAAAUAUUUAAACGAGUGGGGGACCAUGUAAAGUAAGUCGUACAUGUUGUAAUACAAUGUUAAUUUAUACUUAAGUGUUUAUAUUUUACUUAAGUAAAUGAGGCCAUUACGCAAUUUAGUAGGUACGCCCUUUUUCCCUAAUCUUUCUCAGACCGAUUAAAGCCGUAUUAAUCAAAUUUUUUUUCUAGAUCAAAUCAGUUAAAUAGUUUCCACUGGUAAUGUGAUUGCGUUAAUUCCCUUGAUUACUUAAAUAAAACAUACAACACGAAACUUUAAAGUAAUUAAUUUAUAAGUGUGUUAUUUGGACUCAAAUAAUAAGAUUAAAAUAUAUUUUAAACGA